AAUUACAAAUAAUAAAAUAUAAAAUCGUCACACUCUCUCUCAAACGCUUCAUCCGUACCCAUGGCCGUUUCUCUUCCGCCCAUCCCUCCCAAUACCAAACCACCUUUCUCGCUCUCCCUCCUCUGAAUUGCCAUCUUCGUCUCCAUAUUCUCUCUUUAUUCCUCAUCUUCGUGUUCUUCUCCUGCGUCUCUCUCUGUUCCUCCGUUUCAGUGUUCACGCGCUUUUCCAUGGAGUCGCCCAAGAUUGCUGGCUUCUCUCAGAAAACCCUAAUUAGGCGUUGAAACGCGUACGCAGCAACCUCAUAGAUCGAAAAUGGCGAUUGUCACCGGAGAUCGGUACCUGGAGAAGCUGGUGCAGUUCGUGGAGGAACAGGCUGGUCCUCUAAUCGAAGGAGCCUUGGUGUUGAAGCUAAAUCCGGCAGGGCUUCACUACGUGCAAUCGAGGUUGGAAGCACUGCACGAGCUCGAGAGCCUCCUCGCCGGCGCUCCCGUCGACUACCUCCGAGCCUACGUGUCCGACCUCGGCGAUCACCGCGCGCUGGAACAGCUCCGGAGGAUCCUGCGCCUUCUUACCUCCCUGAAGGUCGUUUCGGUGUUGCUUCAUCCCGUUAGGGAUCCAACACCCCUCUCCUUCUUGCCAUUUGGGAGGUUGAAGGUUCUGGAGCUCAGGGGUUGCGACUUGUCAACUUCCGCCGCCAAAGGUUUGCUCGAGCUUAGGCAUACUCUGGAGAAGAUCAUUUGUCACAACUCCACCGAUGCUCUGCGGCAUGUAUUUGCUAGCAGGAUAACGGAGAUAAAGAAUUCUCCGCAGUGGAACCGCUUGUCGUUUGUUUCUUGUGCAUGUAAUGGUUUGGUUCUCAUGGACGAGUCUUUGCAGCUUCUUCCUGCUGUUGAAACGCUCGACCUUAGCAGGAACAAGUUUGCAAAGGUAGAUAAUCUGCAUAAGUGUACGAAGUUGAAGCAUUUGGACCUUGGUUUCAAUCACCUGAGAACGUUUGCACCCUUCAGCCAGGUUUCCUGUCAUAUUGUUAAACUAGUUUUGAGGAACAAUGCUCUAACUACUUUGCGUGGGAUUGAGAAUUUGAAGUCGAUUGAAGGACUUGAUGUUUCCUACAAUAUUAUUUCCAAUUUUUCAGAGCUAGAGUUUCUUGCGGGGCUUCCAUAUCUUAAAAGCUUGUGGUUGGAAGGAAAUCCUUUAUGCUGUGCUCGAUGGUAUAGAGCACAAGUAUUCAGCUUCUUCACCAACCCAGAAAGGUUGAAGUUAGAUGAGAAAGAUAUGAACACUGGCGACUUUUGGAAGAGACAAAUAAUUAUUGCCAGUAUGCAUAAGCAACCUGCCAGUUUUGGGAUUUAUGUGCCUGCAAAGGAAGAGGCUAUAGUGGAAGGGGGCAAUGUUAGAAGGAGAAAGAUGUCUCGUCUUGCCUGUAUUGAGAAUGAAGAGAUGACUAGCAUAUGUUCUGAUGAGGAGUCUGUGUCAUGCACGAAUGAAAUUAAAAAUAAAGAGGAUCCUAAUUUAUCUGAUGAUGAAUCUGAGAUAGUAGAUUUGAGAAAUAGAGUUGAACAUAUGAAGAAAGAGCGUUCUAUUCUUUGGCUACGGGAGUUUAAAGACUGGAUGGAUAUUGGUUCUAAUAAAUUGGUCGAAACCAGGAAAGAAGGUGGAGCUACAUUGCAUCAUCGGAAAGAAAAUUACAUCAGAAGCAAGACAAAUCAGGAGCAACAUGGUGAAGUCUCAAGAUAUGCUUCAGAGUCUGUCCUAGCUUCAGGAGAUGACAGUAGCAUGAAUAUUUUAGAAUCUGAUAGUUCUUUUGUAGAAACAUCUGCUGGUUUUCAUAGACAGCAGUACUUUGACUAUAGAGGUUCACUUGGCAAUGCUAGUGGUGGGGCCUUAUUUUCUGAUUUGGGAGGAGGAGUUAACAUGGAGCGUCUUAAAUCCAUUUCUCUUGAGGGAAUUAAUUCACUCUCACAAUCUAAAAGUUCUCAUUCUGAUACCAUUGUCACUCAAGGACUGCAUAAAAUGGCUGAAAGUAUGAACAUCUCACCACUGACUACCAUUAAUGAUAGAUCUGGGUCUCAGUGUUCAUCUGCAUGCCCCACAUCCCCUCCUCAUUUUCAAGAAGAUCUUCUCCAUCGCCGGCAACACUUGGUGGAGGAAAUUUUGCAGCUGUCUGCAGAUUCCUUUUCUGUGGCAUCUUCUGAUAGUAACACAAGCUGUAGUGAAGUUGAUUGCAGUGAAUUUGAGCCAUCAGGGCCUAAAAUUGAUGAUUUCCCAAGUUAUGUCAAUGGGAGUGUUGAAGAUCACAUAUCUCAAAAUCAAUUCAAGGAAAAAUUUUACAACCCAAGACAAGGAAUUCUUCAUGCAAGAGAAAAUGGCAUUUGCUUGUUUGGUUCAUCCAGUGACCAAACUUCGAAUCAGCAUUCAAUUGAUUUUGCUGCUAGUGCUGACAAUGCUGAAAGUCAAGACAGUAAUUUGUUGGAGAAAAGAAAAACUAGAAAAAAGGCCAAGAAGAGAGUUAUUUCAAUAUUAGAAGAGAAUUCAGAUGGUCAUGCAUGGGAUCAUGAACAACUGCAAAUGAGUCAAGCACAGAUUUCCACAAAUUUAAAACGAGAAUUGGACAUUGCUGAUCUCAAUGAAUUUUCUGGGCAUACUUGCUUUACUCAAGCGAAUGAAGAUUUUAUUAUGACAUAUUUCAAUACAAGUAUUGCUGACUCUGAAGCCAGUGAGAUCUGUAGUCAUUGCAUGCGCUGUAGUUGUAUCCUUCAGAGGGAGAUGAGCUAUAAAGAAAGAGAAGUUGCAGUAUUGCUGAGCAGCCAUAAGAAGCUCUAUGUGCUGCUGAUCAAUGUUGCUCCUGAUGGGUCAGGAACACUUUUGAAUGUAUUAAGUUGCCGCAAGAACAAAGAAGUUUGUGAGGUGCUUGUUGGAAUGGGACUUCAAGUGCUAAGGGUAACUUUUGAGGGUGGGGAAACAUACCUUUUUGUAACAAGAAGCAUUGAGAAAUCAAGAGAGUUACUAUGUACCAUACAAGUAUAUGAUUCAUGUGGUGGAAAUGGUAGAUGCUCAAUUAAAAGUUUGGAGCAGGUCCAGGUUGAGUUGUUUGACAACCAAGUAUGUAAUGGUUCAAAUGUGAGCAUAUAUCAGUAUGCAAUGGUGCUCGUCUGUUGUAACAAUGGCAGUGAGGAAUCAUGGCUCUCAAGAUCGUUGUUUGUGGUUGGAGGGUAUGUGCUUUUAUGCAUUGAAGAUGUUAAGCAGCUGUACUCAUUUUCUUCAGAUGCAUCUGUCUCUCCAUAUUUCAGGAUUGAUUUAUGUUGCUCCAUUGCUGACAUUACUGAGAUGGUCUUUGAGGUUAGUGACAGCUGCUAUGUGACUUUAGGCCUGACAUGUCCACUGGCAGAAUGCCAUCAGCCUACCCAAACGAACCUUGAUGCUGUCAAUCAUGGAAACACAGAUCAAGGCCCUCUUAAAUUGAAGCUUGAGUGGUUCUCCAAAGAUAACCUUUUGAAGUUCAUGUCUUUGUUGAAAGCAAUUCAUGCCGAAAAAACGGUGUCUCCUUUGGUAGUAAGCUGUAUACCGUAAAUCAUUUUUGCUCUCUGUUAGUUGAUAUUCAUUCAUUGAUUUUAUUUUGUUUUUCAUAUUCCUUUUAUUUUUAACUAGCUUGCCUGCUCAGUGUGUGUAGCAUCGUUUUAUUCUUUGAUUUUAUAUCCACGCAGUGUUUUUUGUUUUUGGUUUUCAUUGUAUAGAAUUGUACAGUAUCACUGACGGUUACCCCGUUUGUCUUGAUCCUCUGCCCUCUUCCCAGAUAGAAAAUGUGAUGAGAAAAAUUUUAAU